GGGCGGUCCGGAGUGGAGGGUUCUAGAAGGCGUGACGUGGGGGGUCGAAGCGGGUUCGGAGGCGGGUUCUUGUGGGCAGCGGCGGUGGCCGCCACUGCGGGACCUGAGGAUACACUAGCGACUGGGGUGGCGUACGCAGCCUCGUCUUGAAAGCCAUGGCGGCGCUCGGCCGGCCCUUCAGCGGCCUCCCUCUGAGUGGCAGCGCGGACUUCCUGCAGCCGUCGCCGGCCUUCGCGGGCCGGGCCUUCCCGCCAGGAGCCACCAGCCCCGACCUGGCCCCGCGGCCGGGCGCCCGCGUUGCGCCUAGCGGCCCGGGCGGGAGAGCAGCGCGCGGACGCAGUGUUUCCAUUCACUGUAGAAAGAAACACAAGCGAUUGGCGGAGGAUGAAGAGUGUCCAUUAAGAAAGAAGCGAUUGACUGAAGCUGAACUCUGUACAGUUGCUAAUGAAUGGGCUCUGGACACACACCAGGGUGUAGAAGGUCAUGGGGUAAACACGUGUCCUAGUGGCCUUUCUGAACCCAGCAUGCUAGAUGCUGUCUGUGAAGAAAUGGAUCAGACAACCACAGAAGCACAGUGUGAAGUUGCCCGCAGGAGGCUUCAAGAGAUUGAGGACAGGAUAAUUGACGAAGAUGAAGAGGUUGAAAGUGACAGAAAUGUUAGCCACCUCCCAAGUCUUGUCCUUUCAGACACCAUGAAAACAGGUUUGAAGAGGGAAUUUGAUGAAGUCUUCACAAAGAAGAUGAUUGAGUCCAUGAGCCGUCCUUCUAUGGAGCUUGUGCUCUGGAAACCUCUCCCUGAACUCCUUUCUGAGAAGCCAAAGCCAUCUUCUAACUCUAAGAACUACGUGGGAGAGAGCCAGACGAAGCGUGUAGCUGCCAGCACUGCCUUUCCACAGAGAACUGAACUGCUGCUAGGACCUCGGCACACAGACACACCGCUCUACCACACUCUGGAGACGGCUGCUAGCACAGAAGAGGAGAUGGAGCUCUAGAGACCAGUUUCUGCUCCGACUUGGCAAGUUCUAGAAGGCUCCUGUGUUGAGUAAUGAGCCUGCCUGUAUAGUAUAGGGACCUGAAAGUUUUAUGAAACGGGUGUAAUAUCUCCACCUGUGAUUUGGGGUGGGACUGUCAUUGUGGGUAGCCAUUUAUUGAAUUCAACUUUUUGCCAAGGAAGCUUAUCUCAAGGGAAAUACAGUUUUCUAACAGGCUUAUCCAAGAAAUGUUACAGUCUCUUUAAAGACAACCAUAGACGCUGAAUGUGUUACAGUGACUUAAGUCAUCUGUCACAUUGCUGAAGCCAUUCAUUCUUAAGAUGAUUUUAUACAGAGGAAUGCUCCCAAUUGCCACUGUACCUUGACAGCAGAGUAUUGAGCUUCUUGUAGUGGUAACUGUACGCUUGGGGAGCGGGAGGGGAAAAAGCAGUAGUUUGGGUCUCUUGCAAAGGACUUGAAGGCACAAGGAAACUUGUGCUGGAGGCAGGUCAGUAUAGUUGUUAUUACUCAAGCAGUAGCCCUUGGUCUCCUCUAAUGGCUGAUAAGCUCAGUUGCUCAGUAAUGUUUACACCUCAGUUAACUUUAAAUCGUUGAUUAAAAGAAUGUGAGGUAACCCUUGUGUGACUCGCCGGUGAAAGAAAGGUCUUUUCAUGAGGACGUGCAGUGACAGCUAAGCUCAGCGUUGGUAACUUCUAGAGUUUAGAAAGGGAAGCUUACACUUGUAUUAGCAAGUUGAGUUUUUUAAAUGUUGGUUUUGAAACAGUGAAUUGGCUGAGAAUAAAUGGGCAAGUGUCUUGGAGAUUUAAUAGCUCAUUGUCCGGUGCUUAAGCUAUUGUACAGUAAGCCUAAACGUUAGUAGGAGAUGGCUUCCUGCCAGCAGGAAAUCUUUACCCUUUGAGUACCCGAACCAGGCUCAAGGUGUUCUUUGGGAAUAACCAGGGUUAAAGUUUUUAAUUUCUCAGGAAGAGCUCUUCAGCAUGGCAGGACAUGUAAUGAAGGCUUGGCAGCUCCUUCUGCACUGUAGAGCAGUCUGUGUAAGGUGGUGGCUCUUUUCCACAGCAGAGCACCUCAGUUUUCAUUUUCUGGGUUCUUCUCCCUUUGUAGGGGGAAGAAAAGAAAAAGAUUUAUGCCGAGUAGAGGUGAAUUUUUAGAAACUAGCUUCCAGGCAUUUUUGCAACCCAUGCUGAAAUCCCUCCUGUGGAUGGCAUAGAAGUCACAAGUCUGUCCGGUGGACUGUUUCUUUUGCCUAUUCUUGCUCUCUCUCUUUCUGUCUGGAUGUCAGGAAAAGGUGUAAUGUUUAAUAUUUAAACAAAAAAAUAUUUAUGUCUACACAAUAAAAUUACUCCAGCUUCAAACCAGUAUUGAAACCAGGUGGAAACCAGCUAAUUGUUUCUUCCCCUCAGACUCAGAGGUGAGCGAAACUGUCUUCUUCUGUUGAAAUGUGCAAAUGUUUGGCUCAUGUCAUCUGAAAAACUCCUGACUUGUUUAAUGGGACCAACGUGUAACGUUUAUAGCCUUAAGGAAAUCUCUAUGCUAAGACAUCUUAGUACAAUUUAGAAGCGUGCAGGGACUGCCCAGAGUUUGGAGUUAGCCCGUGUUAGAGUGGGAAGGAAGUGACAGCUUUCCAGAGGGCACAGACACCAGGGCCACCUCUCAUCAAAGGCCUGAAGUGGCUUUGAUGCAUUUGGUAACCACUGAAGAGAAGAGGCGGCUUUUAACAAAGACACAAACAGAACUUUUCAGGAGUCCUUAUCUGACAUGACCCUUAUUUCUGCAGGAAAGUGAUGUUUCAUGCUCCUUUGUGGACUUUAUCUUCUUGCACAUGUUUGUACAAAAAGUCUUGUUCAUCCUUGUGGUGCUGGCUCAUCUGUCUCCACAGCCCCAAUGCCUCUGCGUCCUGUUUUCUUUUCUAGCAUAAGGCUUUGGCUUUGCCUUAAGGUUUUCCUAGGGAAUUAACAGGUCUUUUCAUCUUGUAUAGUUUUUGAAGCAUGGAUCAAACACUGCUCUGUAUGCUAAUGUGUGAAGGUCAGCAAUUAUCUAAAGCAGGUGCGCGUCAGUGAACAAAUGUGUGUUUCUCCCAGUUUGAGUCAGGUGUGUUGGGGUUUGUUUUGUUUCUUUUUGGAUUCUUAGUUUGGGUUUUUGUUGUUCUUAAUAUGAAGAAAUAAUGAGAAUCCAGUUCUCAUAAUUUAAAUCAUUCAAAAACUGCUCUUUCUGAAAAGAUAAAAUAUAAAAUUUAAAAACAAGUAGGACAGGACUUAGACUAAGUAACUGCAGGGAACGUUAACCAGCAGGUUCAUUUGCUACUCUGGAUCUGGACCCUAACUUUAAUAGUGACAAGAAUGGUACAAUACUAAGAACAUUCUGGAAGAUGGUGUCAAUUUUGCUUUAAAAAUGAGACUCUGGUUUUUCUGUAUGUUAUUGUUUUCAAUAAAACUCAAGUGUUUUGAACUUUUUAAAGUAUCUUUAAUCCUGUACAUAAGGAAAUGAAAUAAUUUUUUCUUGCUUUCCUUUAAAUUUUAAUUAAGGUAGCAUUCCUAUCAGUGAAAAACUCACACUUGUCCUGAACUUAGAUACUGUUGGGUUAAAAGUGAGCAGUUUCUAAAAUAGACAGGCUGUUUUGCCUUUGUAAUUACACCUGCAGCCUGCUUCUGCCUGAGCAGGUCACUGCUGGGGUCCUUGUGACUAAUCCUUCAGUGUUCAUAUGUGAAGCUGAAGGGACUUGGAACCUUAGAAAUAACGGCUUGGGGGUCUGUGAUGUUGGUGCAUGCUGUUCUCGGCUAAGAGCUGACAGUCACUGGGUGGCAGUAUUGCCUGCAUAUUUGCAAUUAUUCUUUGAUAACUGGAUCUCUUACUGGUGAGGCAAGUAGUUUAGCUUUGGGUAGCAGUUGCAGAAAACAAGACACUGUUUUAUUUUAGUCAAACUUUGAAAUCCAUGGUAAAAGUUAUCUAACAUAACUGGUUGGAAACUAAGAUUAGAAUAGAUGGUGACUGUUCAGUAUCUAACCAGCUCAGUGGGUCCAGGAUUUAAGUACAAGAUGAACAGAUACUCAGGGAAGUGCAGGUUUGGGUGUAUUGGUUUGGUUCUGUAGUCCUCUAGUUCCUCAUACUAGCGGUGGCAUUUUAGAGGUGCAUUUUGAACAGUGCUGAAACUCAAACUCUUGCAAGAUACUGAUGUUGACUUUUCAGCAUUGGUUUGGUGGGUAAGCCAGUCAUCCUACUUCAUGAAUGACAGAAGUCAAAACGGUUGCUAGGGAAGGGAGAGUCGUUUUCUUCAGUGGUGUAGCCACUGGGAAGCUGCCCAUGCUACAGUAAACCUCUCCACCCAUGCUCAUACAAGCAACCUUAGUUAAACUCAGUGGGAUAUACUCAUACAAGAUAGAAGGGGGUAUUAUUAGGAAGAGGGGGUCCAAUGGGAGAGAGAUGAAGAAGAUAAUGGGGUGAAUAUGAUUAAAACACAUAAAUAGGAGAUUGUCAAAGAAUAAAAAAAUUUAAGUCUCAAGGGUAAAACAUAGGGUGAUACAGUCCUCUAAUCCCAGCAUUUGGGGAGGUAGAUGAUGGAAGAUCCCAAGUAUAGAAUCAUUGUCUGCUCCAUAUUGAGUUUGAGUUCACCCUGGGCUGCAUGAGACCCUGUCUCAAACAAACAGGGUCUGGUGGGAUGGGUCAGUCAGUAAAGUACUUGGCUUGCAAGCAGGAUAACCUGAGUUCAGAUCCCUAACACCCAUGUUUAAGGGGUGGAAGGUGCGUAUCUGUCAUCCCAGCACUUGGGAAGGCAGACAUAGGAGGAUCCCUGAGACUUGUUGGCCAGCUAGUCUACCUGAAUUUGUGAGCUCCAGGUUCAAUUUGAGAUCUUGUCUCAAGAUGGAUACUGAUUGCACCAGAUAUGUGAUGUUGACCUCUGACCCAACACCGUACCUUUGGGAAUGUAUACCUAUAUAUGGACAUGUAUACAAAAACAUAGAUACCAUCUCUAAAGUAAAGAGUAAAGAUUGAGUUUCUUAAGUUUCUAGGAGACAAGAGUUGAACUGGCACUUUGAAGUACCCCUAGAAUAGGCCGUGUGUCUGCUGUUUUGCUCCAUCUCAUCUAGUAGAAAAGCAAGGAAGCAGGUGCACAGCUCUUUUGUGAGUCCCAGGGAUUUUGCUUGCACCUUUGGUAUGAAAUUUGGAGUAACACUACAUUUUAAUAGAGUAUGUGGUUUCAUAGAAAAAAAAAUGUUAAUUUUUAGAUCUAGUCAGUUUGGUGUUUCAUUAUGAACAUGUACUGAAAACAGGUGUUUCUCAAAGCUAAUCAUGUCAUUUUUGGCCAUCUGUGCAGGAAAUGAAACCCUGAAAUCUUUAUUCUAUUCUCUCCUGUUGGCAUAGCAGCAGCUUCUUCGAUGUGAUGCCAUUAAAUGUAAAUGACUUGAGUCUUAACCUACAAAUACUUGUGCUCCAGUGGGUAGAAGCAAACAUACCUGCCUGUAUAAACCUUAAAUAGAUUCCAUUUUCAGUCACAGGGCAACUGCAGGCAGUCCUUAUGUUCCUAACACUGGCACUCAGCCUAAGCGAGCUUGCUUUGCUGAGCACUAGAUUGGGCUGUGAGGGCUUACCAGCCAAGUCCCAUCCAGACUUGCCUCAAAGUGUGCCUUGUCUGUCAUGUAUGACAUGUCUGCAACUGUAGCCUGCUUGACCCCGCUGACUGAACUGUCAGAAUUCCUCCUUCUAUUUGUAAGUUUACUCUGAUCACCCAAAGUAACCUUAAUAGGGAAGAUGUAUUUACUAAAUGGGGGUGAAAUGAAGUUGUUUGCCAUCUUGUUAGACUCUCCAGGACAGAAUGCACAGUGAAGGGUAAUGUCAUUAUCUCUGGAGUUUGGUAGCUGAUUUGUAUCUAUCCCCAGGCCUUUUCUUCCUGAAUAGAUUUGCUCAUUUGCUUUGGUGCUAAGGAUGGAACCAAGGCUUUGUGCAUGCCAUACAAGCACUGUACUUAACUAAACCCCCAGCCCAGUCUUGUGAAAUAAGCCACUAUACUAAGAUUCCAUGAGGGAUUGAAACCUUUCAAAGUGGAUCAUCAUGAAAUAAACUGACAUCCAGUGCAUAGGAUGACACCGUCAGCUGUGAAGUGCACAUAACUCAAAUCUUGUUCAGUCUUUGAGUAACACUAUCCCUCUUUCCAGGUUGUAAUUAUCUGUCCCCCUGGGUGAAGUGUCAAGAGUUGACAUCAGGGAAUCUGGUAGUCCCUGAUCAUAGCAUUUCUUGAUUGAUAUUGGAUGCCCAAACAGUAGUUAAGGAGGUUGGGCUCUAGCUCAGUGGCUACACUUGCCUAGUAGGUAGAGAUCUUAAUACCCAGUACACUACCUAUCCAUCUACCACCACGGGGGUGGAGAGGGUGAGGACUAGAGAAACAGUGGCUAGGGUUCUGUCUCUGCCACUUAGUAGCUGUGAUAGUGAUCAACGGUCUGAAGAAACUGUCUCAAAAUAAGAGAUAGUUAUGACAGUCGGGAGUUGAAGCAGUGGUAAUCAAAGUGGAAAUGCUUUCAGUGACUUUAAAAAGUGCUGUGCUCACUUCAGACUCUCCCCUAGCAAACAAUAAAGAGAAAAUAUGGUAGCCCUAGAAAUCACAGAACAAGGAUGCUGCGUUGCUUUUUUAAUUGCAUGGGUAGUUUUAAAUAAAUGGAGAAAGCACCUUCCAGAAGCUACACUAGCAGGAAGAUUCCAUCAAGCAUUUACAUAGUAAAUUUCUAUAAUGUUACAAAGAUUCUUGAUCUUUACUUGAACUGUACAUAAAGAAAAACAAGCCUCACAGGUUGGUGUUUGUCUGCUUGUAGAAGUACACUAAAGAAACCUGGGAAGCCGAGAGUGGGGAAGAGAAAUGGUCAAAGGACAUGUCACAAAACAGGUGUGGAGGUGUACACCUGUGUAAGCCCAGCACUUGGGAGGUGGGGGCAGGAGGAUCAAGAAUUCCAGCCUAACCUCAGCUACAUAGUUUGAAGCCAGCCUGGGAAAUAAUUGUCAGAUGACCCUCCUUUUACUGUGAGGCAAAACCACCACCUUUAAGAUAAAACAACAA